UCGCCAUUUCAUACAAAUUCUCCAAGUUGCUUCUCUAAACCCUCGUCAAACCCUCUCUUCUUCACCAUGAACAUCUCUUCCCUUGCUUUCGAGUCCACUUUUUUCCCCGCCACUAAAUCGGCAUCGCCGACAUGCCGGAGACUCGUCUCCGGACGCCAUCCAGCGCUCUUUGUUUGCUGCUCUGCUAACCCCGCGGCGGCGGUUAGUUCGUCUGUGAGUGUGCCGGAGUCGGCAAAGAAGGACGGACUGAAACGAAUUGGGGAACUCAGUCAAGUUUCUGGAGUGCUGGGCUGCCAGUGGGGUGAUGAAGGUAAAGGUAAACUCGUUGACAUCCUGGCUCCGCACUUUGAAAUUGUCGCUCGCUGUCAGGGUGGUGCUAAUGCUGGGCACACAAUAUAUAAUGCAGAAGGGAAGAAGUUUGCUCUUCAUCUCAUCCCUUCUGGGAUCCUUAAUGAAAAUACUACAUGUGUUAUUGGAAAUGGAGUUGUGGUGCACGUGCCUGGUUUCUUUGAAGAAAUUGAUCGUUUAGAAGCAAGUGGAGUCUCGUGCAAGGGGAGGAUCUUGGUUUCUGAUCGGGCCCAUCUGUUGUUUGAUUUCCAUCAGGAGGUGGAUGGGCUAAGAGAAGCUGAGCUAGCCAAGUCUUUCAUUGGAACAACCAGGAGAGGAAUUGGACCUUGUUACUCUAGUAAAGUGAUUAGGAAUGGCGUUAGAGUGGGAGAUUUGAGGCACUUGGACACCCUUCCUCAAACUAUGGACCUUCUACUCUCGGACGCUGCUUCGAGAUUCAAAGAUUUUAACUAUACCCCUGAAGUUUUGAAGGAAGAAGUUGAGAAGUAUAAAAGAUAUGCUGAGAGAUUGGAACCAUUUAUCACUGACACCGUGCAUUUCAUUAAUGAAGCCAUCUCUUCGAAUAAGAAGAUUUUGGUUGAAGGCGGUCAAGCAACUAUGCUUGACAUUGACUUUGGGACAUAUCCUUUUGUAACAUCCUCUAGUCCUUCAGCGGGUGGAAUUUGCACUGGUCUUGGGAUUGCUCCAAAAGUUGUGGGUGAUCUUAUUGGAGUGGUGAAGGCAUACACUACUAGAGUUGGUUCUGGCCCAUUUCCUACAGAGAUCUUAGGAAAAGGAGGUGACCUACUUAGGUCUGCUGGACAUGAAUUUGGUACCACAACUGGUCGUCCUCGUCGCUGUGGUUGGCUUGAUAUAGUUGCACUAAAGUACUGUUGUCAAAUUAAUGGCUUUUCUUCUCUGAAUCUUACGAAGCUUGACGUUCUUUCGGAACUGCCUGAGAUUCAACUGGGGGUUUCUUAUCAGACACCAGAUGGAACACCAGUCAAAUCCUUUCCUGCUGAUCUUAGUCUUCUUGAACAAAUAAAGGUGGAAUAUGAAACAAUGCCUGGAUGGAUGUGUGACAUCUCUUCAAUAAGAGACUAUUCUGACCUUCCUACGGCUGCACAAGAAUAUGUAUCAAGGAUUGAACAACUUGUUGGCAUACCUGUCCAUUACGUAGGUGUCGGUCCAGGCCGUGAUGCACUGUUAUAUAAAUGAUUCAGCUUGUCGGUUGAUCCUUGACGAUGUCGUUGGAGCUCCAAGUAAGGUUUCAGCUUGCACUGGUAGAGGAAAUUCAACAAUUUAACAUAUGCAUUUGAAUGUGAUAUUUGUUGUUGAGGCUGUUGUAACAUUUUCCAUAUGAUUAGGAGAGGUUAAUAUAGGUGUUCCAAGGAAGGCUUUAAUUAGCUUAGGAAAUGGUAUGGAUUCAGAUAGACCAACAAGAAUAAUUAUUACCAUAAGCUCGAAAAUAACGAGUUCGAAUCGAUUUUUGGCCAAAA